AGCGCCAUUUAGUUGGUUUGGUACGCUGUGUACCACUUUUUACUUGAAGUUUAGUUAUUCAGUCCAGAGAAUAACAACAGGCACGGAAACUUAGGAAAGCAGACAGCUUGGCUCAAAUGACUGGCAGAUUGGUCUUUUUUAAUAUAUUAUCUGAAUUUCAACGUGUGUUUUUGUCAACGGCAUAAGAAUCUGACAGCAAAUCUGUUCAUAUCUUCUCAUACACUUCACACAUUUCUGAAAGCAGUUUUUGGUGGGGAUCUGUAAAAUCCUCAGCUGAUGGAUCCUGUUCCAGAUUCCAAACGUUCUACUCGAUCACUAAGAGGAACACCAGAAACCAAUAGAGAAAACAACAAUCCAAACCAUAAGAAGAAUCUACAGGAGGCGCGGAGGAAGGGCAGAAUGGAUCGGAGCAAAGAGGAGGAGGAGGAGAUGAGCAAUGAGCUCCAAAACUUGGAUGUUCGUGGUAAGACUAAAGCAACAGGAACAGGUCUCGUCUACGUAGACGCCUUUACUCGCUUUCACUGCCUCUGGGAUGCCAGUCACCCAGAGUGUCCAGCGAGAGUGAGCACUGUGAUGGAGAUGCUGGAGACGGAAGGUCUGCUGGGACGCUGCGUACGAGUAGAGGCCAGAGCUGUGUCAGAAGAUGAGCUGUUACUCGUUCAUACGAAGGAGUAUGCAGAGCUGAUGAAAUCCACUCAGAAAAUGACAGAGGAGGAGCUGAAGACUCUGGCUGAUAAAUAUGACUCUGUCUUCCUGCAUCCUGAAUUUUUCACCUCUGCCUGUCUGGCAGUGGGAUCGGUUCUCCAGCUGGUGGAUAAGGUGAUGACAUCACAGCUGCAUAACGGCUUCUCCGUCAACAGGCCUCCUGGUCACCACGCUCAUGCAGAUAAGAUGAACGGCUGCUGUAUGUUUAACCAUCUGGCCAUAGCAGCGCGCUACGCUCAGAAACAGCAUGGAGUUAAACGAGUUCUAAUUGUGGAUUGGGAUGUGCAUCACGGACAGGGAAUCCAAUAUAUUUUUGAAGAGGAUCCCAGUGUGCUGUAUUUCUCAGUGCACAGAUAUGAAGACGGCUCGUUCUGGCCGCACCUCAAGGAGUCUGACAGCAGUUCGGUGGGUUCAGGAGCAGGACAGGGCUACAAUAUCAACCUGCCCUGGAACAAGAUAGGAAUGGAGGAUGGAGAUUACAUCACAGCUUUCCAGCAGCUACUCCUGCCUGUGGCGUAUGAGUUCCAGCCUCAGCUGGUGUUAGUGGCGGCCGGAUUUGACUCUGUGAUCGGUGACCCAAUGGGUGAGAUGCGAGUGAGUCCACAGUGCUUCUCCAUCCUGACCCACAUGCUGAAAGGUGUAGCACAGGGACGACUUGUGCUGGCUCUUGAGGGUGGAUAUAACCUCCAGUCCACAGCAGAGUGUGUUUGUGCUAGUGUGAGGUCACUGCUGGGUGACCCUUGCCCUCAUCUGAUCUCUCCUGGUGUUCCGAGUGAAAGUGCCCUGAAGUCCAUCUCAAAGACCAUCUCAGCCUUGUAUCCAUUUUGGAAGAGUCUUCAGACGUUUGAGGGUGGUCCUCUGUCCGAUGUCCCUCCCCUGCCCGCUCCAGUGUGUGCAGAAGUGAAGGCUUCCUCUCUGAUCACUGGACUAGUUUACGACCAGAGAAUGAUGCUUCAUCACAACAUGUGGGAUGGUCAUCAUCCAGAGCUCCCUCAGAGAAUUUCACGCAUCUUUUGCCGGCAUGAGGAGUUGGGUCUGCUGUCCCGUUGCCUUUGGAUACCAGCUCGCCUAGCAACAGAAGAAGAGCUGGCACUCUGUCACAGUUCUGAGCACAUAAGCACUAUAAAGAGUACAGAGCACAUGAAGCCCAGAGAUCUGCACAGACUGGGAAACGAUUACAACUCCAUCUACAUCAGUAAUGAGAGCUACACCUGUGCCCUGAUGGCCGCUGGCUCGUGUUUUAACUCCGUACAGGCCAUACUCACAGGCCAGGUGAGAAACGGCGUGGCCAUAGUCCGUCCUCCUGGUCAUCAUGCAGAGAAAGACACAGCUUGUGGUUUCUGUUUCUUUAAUACGGCCGCUUUGACCGCACGCUAUGCCCAGUGCACCACUCACGAGUCCCUGCGCGUCCUCAUCCUCGAUUGGGAUGUUCAUCAUGGAAACGGCACACAGCACAUCUUUGAGGAGGAUGACAGUGUUCUGUACAUCUCUCUGCAUCGCUACGAAGACGGUACAUUCUUCCCCAGUUCGGAGGAUGCUAACUAUGAUAAGGUGGGGCAAGGGAAAGGCAGAGGAUACAAUGUCAACAUCCCCUGGAGUGGAGGAAAGAUGGGAGACCCAGAAUACUUGGCGGCUUUCCAUCACAUAGUGAUGCCGAUAGCCAGAGAGUUUGCCCCAGAGCUGGUGCUGGUGUCUGCUGGGUUUGAUGCAGCACGAGGUGAUCCGUUAGGAGGGUAUCAGGUGACCCCAGAGGGCUACGCCCACCUCACCCAUCAGUUAAUGAGUCUGGCUGCAGGAAGAGUGCUAGUCAUACUGGAGGGAGGAUAUAACCUCACCUCCAUCUCUGAGUCAAUGUCCAUGUGCACCAGUAUGUUGCUGGGAGACUCUCCUCCAUCUCUAGACCAUCUGCCACCUCCAAAGACCAAUGCCACUGUCACGAUUAACAAUGUCCUGCGUGCUCUCGCCCCCUUCUGGAGCUCCCUGAGAAUACAGAUUCCAGAGUCACUUCGUUUGGCUUUGCCAUCUCCUAAACCGAAAGGCAAGCGGGCAUCAGCGGGCAAGGGCAAGAAAUCUCCUCGCCAGUCCACCCCUGCCCAAAGUCCUGGACAGACACCGCAGCAUCUUGAGCAGUCCGGCCUUGAUGAGCUCAGUAAGGACCUGCUCUCUCUGAAUCUCAACACGAGUACCUCAUCUAACCCCAGCCCAGCUUCAAUCCCCAUCGGAGGAGCCAGACGGAAGGUGAAACCCACCCCACAGAGGGAUUCAGCAGACCGGGAGUCAGAUUCACCCCUAAAACUCAAGUCAGAGAAAACCAGAGCUGGAGACGACACGCAUGCGGAGAUUACGACGGACCGGACGAUCCCAGAGUCUGUGGUCACUGGAAAUUCAGCUGCCGUGGAUGACCAGGAGAACUCCGUGCUGGAGGCUGCUGGUGGUCAAGCCACUAUGAUGUCAGUCUUAGAAAGUGUCUUUGGAGCACAAGCCACGGAUUUGGACACCAUGUAUGCGGUGGACCCGUUGCCAUGGUGCCCACACUUGGAGUCAGUGCGACCGGUGCCUGCAGGUGGCAUCGAUGUCUUCCUGCCGUGUGAAGAGUGUGGAGGUGAUACAGAAAACUGGAUCUGCCUCUUCUGCUACAAGGUGCUCUGCGGGCGUUAUGUGAAGCAGCACAUGGUGACCCACGGACAGGUGUCGGGUCACCCUAUGGUGCUGAGCUUCGCUGACCUCUCUGUCUGGUGCUACGCUUGUGAGUCAUACGUCCACAACAAGGUGCUCCAUGAAGCCAAAAAUACCGCUCACCUCGUGAAGUUUGGAGAGGAGAUUCCUCCUUUCAACUAAACCAGCAGAGAGAAGGAAGCAUGUGUUUGCAUGCAUGUAGAUGCAGUGAAGAGACCAAACUGAACUGUAGUGGAAGCAAGUUUCUUCAGCUCAUCUGUCUUCCUUCCUCACUUGUGUGUCUUGAACUUCCAUCUAUAUUUCAUAGAUUCUCCUUGUGCCAAUUGUGAGGUUGUUUGCCAAAAUACAGAUUUUAUUAAUGGAAUUUGUUUGAUCUUAAAGGAAAUCUUCGUUUUUAAAAGCUGCCCAAACAAUACUUUGAUUUUAUGAAGAGUUCUUUCAGAGGAAUGGUAGCACGGUGCUAAAACCACACCAGCCAAAUCUGUAGUAUUUAGUGUUUCAAAUGUAUUACGUUCUCAAUGCACAACCAACAGCAUUUGCACCGCACUGUUGAAGCAUUCCUGUCUUCAUUGUAUGACUCCAGGCCAAGACGAUCCAACUGUGGAAAUUACAAAACCACCUUAAACUGAAAGCAAUAAACAGUGCAAUAUUUACUUAAACAGCAUCUGAGGACAGGCUGUAAUGAGAUACUUUGUGUUUCUUUUCUUUUUUUAAUGUUUAUUUUUGCACAAACAGUGACCUUUGGAGACUCUCACUUUGUAACUCUUGAUACAUGUUGCAUUCUAAACAAAACCUCUUCUG